AUAAGAGGAAAAAAAUAAAAAGAAUAAAAAAAAAUGUUCUCAAAAAUAUUCAAAUUAACCAAAAAUAAUAACAUUUCUCUCAACAACACUUGCAAGAAGUUCUUUGAUCUCCACGAGUAUUAAUCCAAGGACAUAAUGAGAAGUUUUAAAGUUAGAGUCCAAAGAGGAGCUAUAGCUUUAACCCCUGAAGAAGCCAAAAAAGUAUCUAUUCCUUUAGACCCAUCUGGCGGUUUAAUUCUUAAAUGUUAAGUACACACAGGUGGUAGAGGAAAAGGGCAUCUUACAUCAGGGUUAAAAGGUGGUGUAAAAGUCUUAAAAACCCCCGAAGAAAUUGAAAAAUACGCUAAAUAAAUGAUUACGGGAUAUAAUUUGAUAACUCACCAAACCCCCAAAGCAGGCUUAAAAGUAAACGCAGUACUAGUUCAUGAAGGCGUAGAUAUAGUUAGAUAACUCUAUAUUGCUUUUAUUUUAGAUAGAAAUUCUUCUUGUCCUGCUAUUAUAGCCAGUAAAAACGGAGGAAUGGAUAUCGAAGAAGUCGCCAAAACUGAUCCUAAGAGUAUUAUAGUAGAAUUAGUGAACCCUGAUGUUGGAUUAACUGAUGAAAACUUACAAAAUGUAAUAAAAUCUUUAGAGAUUACGCACAUAGCAGAUUAAGCAAAAGAAUAAAUCAGAAACUUAUAUACUAUGUUUAAUAAAUUGGACUCUACUUAAGUAGAAAUUAACCCUUGGGCAACUGAUCCAAAAGACUAAUUAUAUUGUGUCGACGCAAAAAUAAAUAUAGAUGAUAACGCUAAAUUUAGAUAACAAAAAUUAGUUGAAUUAAGAAAAAGUUCACUUGCUUCAGAAGAUGUAGACCCUCAUGAAGAGAAAGCUUUAAAAUCAGGACUUGCUUAUGUUGCUUUGGAUGGCAAUAUUGGAUGUUUGGUAAAUGGUGCAGGACUUGCAAUGGGUACAAUGGAUAUUAUUAAACUUAAUGGAGGUAACCCUGCUAAUUUCUUAGACGUUGGUGGUGGUGCAAACGUUGAUUAGGUCAAAACUGCUUUCGAAAUUUUGAAUUCUCAUCCUCAUGUAGAGACUGUCUUUAUUAAUAUUUUCGGAGGAAUUCUUAGUUGUAAAUUAAUUGCCGAGGGAAUUAUUAAAGCUGCUUAAUUGGUUGACUUGAGAGUGCCUUUAGUAGUUAGAUUAAGUGGUAAUUAGGCUGAAGUUGGAAGAAAUCUCUUACUUGAAUUUACCUAAAAAAAUCCCAAAAUUUCAAUUAGAGUUGGAAAGGAUUUAGGUGAUUCGGCUGCUUUGGCUGUUAAAACCGCUAAUGAAUUUGCAGGAAGAAAGUGAUUUGAUUGAUUAAUUGAUUUUUUUUUAGAAAAAAACUAAUAUAUAAUUGAUACUAAUUUUAUGUUUUUUUAUUUAUUUUUAAAAACAGAUUUAUUCGAUAUAAAAAAUUAUUAAAAUUUAAUAUAUAUAUAUAUUUUUUUUUUUCUAAAAAAUAUAUUUUUAGAAUCU